GCCCGAAGGGGCUUUUCGCUCUAUUUUAGGAUUUGGGGGAUUUCCUCCUCGUUUUUAAAGGAUCAGGCUUGAAGUUCCGCUCGGGAGGAUCCAAUUUGCGCCGGGAUGGCUCUAAGCUCCCGAGCUCACGCUUUCUCCGUGGAAGCCUUAGUGGGGAAAUCCGCAAAGAGGAAACUGCAGGACUUCAGAGAUGAGAAACAACCGCCUCGCGCGGAGAAGGGAGAGGAGGACGGGACCGGCUGCAGAGGGAUCGGAAAAAGCCAGGAACCUGAAAAGCGACCUAAAGCAGGAACAUCCGCUUCUUUCUCGGCUAGCGCCGAAAGCGGAGAAGUGAAGGAUGAUAUCCACGUGGAACUGCAAGGAUCUGAACUCUGGAAAAGAUUUCAUGAGAUCGGCACGGAAAUGAUUAUUACCAAAGCCGGCAGGAGAAUGUUUCCCUCUGUCAGGGUGAAAGUGAAGGGUCUGGAGCCAGCGAAACAAUAUUACGUCGCCAUUGACGUGGUCCCCGUGGACUCCAAAAGAUACAGGUAUGUCUACCACAGCUCCCAGUGGAUGGUGGCCGGGAACACAGACCACUCCUGUAUAACGCCCAGGCUCUAUAUCCACCCGGAUUCCCCCUGCUCGGGAGAGACCUGGAUGAGGCAAAUCAUCAGCUUCGACAGGGUGAAACUCACCAACAAUGAGAUGGACGACAAAGGGCAUAUUAUCCUGCAGUCCAUGCACAAGUACAAACCCAGAGUGCACGUGAUUGUGCAGGAUUCCAGAUUUGAUCUGGCCCAGAUCCAGUCUCUGCCAGCGGAAGGGGUUAAAACCUUUUCAUUUAAGGAAACCGAAUUCACCACUGUAACGGCUUAUCAAAACCAGCAGAUUACCAAACUGAAAAUAGACAGGAAUCCCUUUGCUAAAGGAUUUAGAGACCCUGGGAGAAACAGGGGAGUGCUGGAUGGACUUUUGGAAACAUAUCCAUGGAGGUCACCACUUACUCUGGAUUUUAAGACCUUUGGUGCAGAAACUCAAGAUGGGAGUUCUGGUUCUUCACCUACAACCUCAAGUGGUGGGACGCCAUCUCCUCUGAAUUCCUUGCUUUCUCCAUCUUGCUCACCUCCUACGUUUCACUUGUCAGCGAGCAACAUUGGAGGAUCAUGCCCUGAAACAUAUCUACAUAAUCUCAAUUUGCCCCUUUACUACAAGAUUUGCCCUACAAGCCUUUUGAGACAACCGUCACUUGUAUUUCCAAGCCACGAAAAACUGGGAGGCACCAAUCCACAUAUUUUACCCCACUUCAUGAUGGAUGUGCCUGUGCUAUCUUCCCUUGGCAUAACAAAUCUGAAAAAUGGUAAAUCUGAAGACUUAACUGGGCAGCGUCUACAAGUACCCAAUUCUGCUAAUCAAAUGUUGUAUGGAUUACAUGCAUCUGGAAACAUUUUCCCAUCAAGUCCCAUUGCUCGGGAAGCACUUAAUUGUUCUUUACAUUCUCCAUAUGGCUUGUAUGGUUAUAACUUUUCUAUGCCAUCUAGACUGAUGAACACAACAAGCCAUUUCAAAGUGAAUGACAGCAUUCCGACUUCUUUUAGAGAUGGCAGAUGUAAUCAUUCUAUCUGGCACUCAGCAAUUAACCAUUGCCUCUAAUGGAAUUAUAUAACAUUUCUAAUGCAGUGACAUGUAAGCAAGUCUUUUCUUCAGUCAUUCCCAAAGGUUUGCUGAUUAUUGUAUAUAAAGUGCCUCAUAAUACAGGAGUGACCUGCCUCGAUAUUUAACGUUUCAUAUGCAACUGUGUUGUAAAAAAUGUUCUGAGCACGGGGGACAACAAAAUAGCCAACAACAGAGAGAUGCCUUUUUGGUAAGAGUUAUUUAUGUAAUGUUCAUAGGAUAGGUGCAAACUUUACAUUCACCCUUUUAAUAUUUGCACUCGGCAGCAGGAAUGAACCUCAGUGUUAAGGAGCAACUAAGUAUAAUAAAUGCACAGUACUUUAAACAUUAUUUUCAUGAAACUCUUUCUCUAGCUUCCCCUUUAUUAUCUUGAAGAUGAAGGGCUGAGUUGUCCUACUGAUGUUAAUGGGACUAUCUGAGGCCCUGAUUUAGCAAACCAUCCCUAUUCACCUAUGUGCUUAACCCCAUGCUUAAGACUUAUUGACUUUAUGGGGCAUACUUAGAGUGAAGCAAGCAUCUUGCUGACUCACGACCUGAGUGAACCAGCUUAGCAGGAUUUGGUCCCAAAUCUAAACAUUUGAUGUUGAAGGAAGCAAAGACUGACCAAAAGUCCAAGGGCUUGAUUAUUCCUGGCCUAGAGUGGUGGGGAAAGGGCGUCUGAUGAGAGAAGAGUUUAAAGUGCCUUCCUGUGCCUGUGCCCCUACACAGCACAGUCUGCUCAUUGUGCUUUCUUAAGGACUCCAC